AUGGAUGAAAUGUAUUUGGACGUAGCUGGUGGAUAUGAAGAAGAUUGCAAAAUAACUCAAAUGCAGUACCACUCUUUCCUUCCGUAUUCGACUACAGCUUUAUCCAAUAACGAUGAAAUUAGAAUAUCUAUUCAAAAUAUGGACGCUUACUCUUUGCCUUGCGAGAGCUAUCUUUACAUUGAAGGUAAAUUAAAUAUAUCUGCAGAUAUUACAGCAGAGAAGGGUGAAUUCAACUUUACAAAUAAUGGCUUAGCGUUUUUAUUUUCUGAAAUCCGAUAUGAAAUUAACGGAGUGGAAAUACAAAAAUUAAAAUCUCCUGGAAUAUCUUCGAGUCUUAAAGGUUUUUGCUCGCACACUCCGAGCGAAUUGAACAAUCUACAAAAUGCUGCUUGGGACGUAGAUAUGGAUGCCAGUGAAAAUAAACAUUUCAUGUUAAAUAACAAAUUCGCUGGUUGUAUCCCGCUCAAACACUUGUUUGGAUUUUGUGAAGAUUAUAAAAAAAUACUACUCAACUGUAAUCAACAAAUAAUUUUAAACAGAUCAUCUACAUAUUUUGAUGCGUUGUAUGUUUUGACGACAACUCCUAAUGAAAAACUUAAAAAGUAG